AUGCAUGAGAACACCAACCACAGCCACUUCCAGGUGAAGGCCUUCUGGUCUAACCUUGCACAAGGGGCCCCUGCUACAUCAUUAUCAUCGCCCGAAACAAACAACAAGCUCCCUCCCAAAAAGCCCAGCAAACGCAUCCGCAUCUCCACAGCCUGCAUUAAUUGCCGACAGAAAAAGAUCAAAUGCGACGGCCAAGUCCCCUGCUCCCACUGCGAAAAGUUCAGGACAGAAUGUGUCUACCCCGCCGUCAACAAACCCGCCAACCAAGAAUAUGUCGAGACCCUCGAGAACCGGCUGAAGAGCGUCGAGUCCCAUCUCCAAGGCCUCCUCUCCCGCGGCAUCGGCAAGGGUCUGAACGACCUGGCUGCCGACCCUUCCUCGGACGACAUGGAUCACCACCACCACAACGCGCCUUAUACCCCAGCCUCUGUCCCCGCCACCCCUCCCUCCAAACCACCACAUGAUCACGGCCACGGUUCCUCACACUCUCGACAACACUCCUACAGCAUCCCCCUCAUCCGGCAAUUCUCCGGCGCAUCCAUCAGCACGCCAAACCUCACUGGCCCUGAUUCAGAUACCGAGGACGCCACCUUCACGACAGACGACUCUAUGGAUGUUCUUGGCCUCUUGAUGGGUUCAUUAAAGGUCGACCGCGAUGGCGCCGCUCAAUAUAUCCCCAAGGUCCUCGGCCAAAAAGAGCGCUCAUACAACGAUGCCAGGACUUACAACGCAUCCCCAUUGAGUCACCUCCCCGAUUUCAGCACCCUCGACUGGCAGACAACCGAUCUCCCCCUUCCAUAUACCCUUCCUAACACACUCCUCACAACCAAGGCCAUCAGCGCUCUCCUGGACAUUUACUUCAACAGCGUCCACACCUUCCUGCCAGUCAUCCACAAGACCAGCUUUCUUACGCUCUGUCAAGAAGGAGAGUUCCGUGUCCCUCCUUUUCUGCUGAUGGCCAUCUGCGCGGUUGCCGCCCGCCAUGCCACUGACUUUGAGCUGCAAGAUAUCCCCGAUCUCGCCAACCUCAAGGGUCAUCACGCUCUCUAUGACCAUGCACGAGCCCUGCUGGACACCUAUAUGGAUGUGCCAAGGCUCAGCACUGUCCAGGGUCUUUUGCUACUGGCCUACUACCAGACCAAGGAGAAGCGGUCGGGCCACUUUUUCCGCAUCCGCAUGUAUGUCAACCUGGCAACAAGGAUGGCUCUCGAUAUGGGACUCAACAAGGCCCUUCGCAAGAGCGUUCUUGAGCUCGAGUCGUCCAACACAGGCGACAGUCUGGCUAGCACUGGAAGUCCACCAGGCCGGCCAGCAUUCUCUCACGCCCCUUCCUUUUACGAUACGCGCGCAAACGCCAAUAACUCGGAUUUCGGAUCUCGCGAUCAAUCCCAAAAGCGCCUCUCGCAAGAGAAGCGCGUCGUCCUCAACCAGGAGAACCGACUCGCGUGGCUCGGCUGUUUUUUCCUCGACGGCCUGACAAGCAGUCUGAUGGGUCAGGACUACUGUGUGUCGAAUCCCUCACUUAACAUUCCCAAACUUAUCCAAGAAGCCGGCCAGAUGCCUGACACCGUCCAAGGCGCUACUCUAAUCUUUUGGCUUCACCACCUCGAGCUGGUGCAGAUUUACCGUCGGAUCUGCAGCUUUUACAGAACCAUCGCCAACGAGCAAGCCCUGGCCAAGGCUAUCAAGGGUGCCGAGAUGCUGACCAUCCAGUCAUCGAUUGACGGUUGGUUGCUGAACCUGCCUGCUCACUUGGUCUACACCGACAGCCAAAGUACCGGCGGAGCUCUGCCUUCGUACUAUACCCUCUACCUCCACCGGUUCUUUUACAGUCACCGCCUCCUCCUCUACCGCCCUCUGAUCUCGAACAAGUCUCACCGUGGCGACCUCAAGGAUAGCAACUCCCCCAUGGCCAAGUGUUCCCAGGCAGCAUUGAUGUUGACCCAGAUCGGCGAGAUCAUUUUCCAGAACUACAGCUGGCCCUGGCCUGGCUGUGGUCUCUUUGCCUACCAUAUGCUCCAGGCGGCCGAGAUCCAUGUAUUCCAGAUGAUCACUCAGUCCCUGGUCGAUUCUCAGAGCCUGUACUACCGCACAAUGGAUCUCAUCAAGGGCUAUGUCAGCCUGGCCAAACUGCCUGAACUGGAAAAGGAUGUCAUGGCUAUGGAGGAGACUGUGAGCAACUUCCUCCUGACGCCACAGGGUUCGUUGAACCAGCAAAAUAACAUGUCCUCUACUGGUACUGUCGGAUCCUCGAGCUUCUCGCAGCAACAGCACCAAAACCAGCAACAACAGUUUGUCGCGACCCCAGCCUCGGACUAUAGCUAUGCCAGUGUCAUGUCACCCUCGUCUCCCGCAGAGUCUGUCCAGAGGAUGCCCAUGCAGCACAGCAAUAACCACGGUGGCUACUACUCGAACCACCAGCAAGGCACUGAGGAUGCGGACAUGUUUUCGCCUCUCCAGGCCCAUGCCUACCCACCUUUCGAGUCGGCCAGCCGCGUCUUCCGUCAGCCCCAAGGCGCCUCGACUGUAGCCACAGCAACCACUGCUGCUGCCGCUGCCACUGCUGCCAAUACCACGCACUUUAUGGGCAGCUCUGCCACAGACCCGAACAGCUUUUCAAUUGGCUUUGAUCUACCCAGUAUCUCGUCUGCCACUGCGACCCAAGGUCCUUCGACAUCUAGCGGAGGCCUCUACGACACCAACGGCUUGCCCUUUUACAGCUCGGCGACCGAAUCCAACUCGAUGAACAUGUUUGACGCCAACCACCAGGGCGGACUCUACAACAGCCAGUCCUCAUUUGUGCAGCCAGUCUUGGCCCCCGUCGGAGAUCUGUUGGGUAUGGGAAGUAUGGACAACCGCGUCUUUGGUUCCAAUUCGGGCAAUCAGGGCCAGGGUUCGUCGAUGCCUAUUCCCUUGAUCAUUCAGGGAGUAGACAACAAGAAAAGGUCGGUCGUGCCACCACCCAAGCCUCCUAAGCGUAUUCUUCCUCAGUCGACAGGCAGCUCGAGCUCCUCGGCCAUCAGCCAGAGCCUCAAACCUCCAGUUCCCAAGAAGCCAACCCGUCUGACAGAUGCCGCGGCCCCAGCCGCAACCCCAACCCCACGUUGGAUUGCACCUCGCCCUCUUGCCCCCGCUGUGACGCCACUGGUGCCCCUGAUUCCUGCCAACUCUGGCAAGGACCUCUACUAUGGCGGCAAGCCAUCUUCUACUCCAGUCAAUGCAGGCAAUGCUGGAGCCCGUACUGGUGGAAACGGCCAUGGCGCUGCUCCCCCACCGCCACCACCUUACACGCCUUCAGGAGCUGCACCCGGCGCGAACGGACCUGUCAACGGUGCCGGCCGAGCUCUCAAGACGCUUCAGCCCCAGUCGACCCUCUACGGAAUGGGCGCUCUUAUCAACACGCUGGGAGUUGAGCAGCAGAUCCAUGAGCCUGAGCCCGAGCCCGUCUACGUGCCCUCAGAGCGGAAUGACGUUGACAUCCACGAACAUGCCAUGUACUACCUCCAGAUGAAUCCUCAACUCUAUGACCCCCUGCCACCAAACAACCGCCGCCGCUUACUUUAA